AUGUUUGAAAUUAUAUAUUGGUUAAUAUUUUGCAUAUUUAACGUACAACAAAAUCAAAAGUGUAGACUUAAUACUCGAUUUAAUUUCGGAGAACCACUUCCAGUAAUCUUAAGAAAUGGUAUGUUACUGGAACCCGACGAUGGUAACGGUAACGUUGAACUAAAUUAUGGAGAAAGAUUGAUCCUUAGCUGCGAAGGUUCUGGAACGAUUAUUCACCCAAGUGCAACUCAAGCUAAUACAGUUGCGUCUAUCAUUUGUGAAGGCGGAGAUAAUUUUAGAAACGAUGACUGGCUGGCUGCUCCCGCAAGGUUUUCUUUAUUUAAAUGUCCAUAUCCACCAAAUUAUUCAAGUCAACGCACUAACCGAACUUGCUUCGAAGGCAAUCAAAUAAUAGAAGUCGGAUAUAAAAUACAAAAUCAAUUUUAUCCCGUCUUUGAGUCUUGCUUCAAUCAUGAUAACCUAAACGCCAUAUACUCGAAGUACACCCAGAGACCAUACAACGCUUUAUAUCAAACCAAGGUCGAUCGUCCGUUCUUUAUAGACGACGGUCACUAUGGAUCCGUACCAGUAAAUUAUAUUUUCUCACCAAAAGGACAACGACAAGCCGUCGCCCAAUUGGUCGGUAAUCUAGUCGCUAUUUACUUUAAUGAACAACAACACUUAUCGAGAGGACAUUUAGCCGCUAAGACAGAUUUCGUUUUCGCGUUUGGUGAGCGAGCGACAUUUCACUACGUUAAUUGCGCUCCUCAAUGGACGGGCUUUAAUGGCGGCAAUUGGAACACAUUGGAAGUCGAUCUAAGGAAUCACAUACAUGUUGCAGGAUACAAUACGAUAAUAUACACGGGUACAUUUGGAGUAACGCAGCUACUCAAUCACAGGAACCAGAGAGUCGAUUUGUAUUUACACACUGAUGUUAAUAAUAAUCCCGUUAUCCCAGUGCCCUUGUAUUAUUAUAAGGUCGUUUAUGAGCCCAGUACGAAGCGCGGGAUUGCUUUUAUAGGCAUUAAUAAUCCAUAUUAUGAUGCAAACGAAGCUCGUGAAUUGUUCUUUUGUAAUGAUAUCUGUAGGAGUAACAAUUUCCGCUGGCUAUCCUGGCACCCGGAUUCUAGUAGUGAAGGGUACGCCUUCUGUUGUACGGUACCUGAUUUUAGAAAUACUGUUAAUCAUCUACCAGACUUUGAGGUUAUAAGUGUUUUGAGUUGAUUUUUUCUGAAUGAUAAUUUAAAUUUAAAGCGAGUGA